GAAUUAUGGAGGCAUCCAUAUAGGCGAGGAGGUUCACAUGGCAAGCCCUUGCCUGCACGUACGCCGUUAUCCGGAGCUCAGCUCGACAUUCGGCCGCGCCGCGAAGAGCGGGGCUGGCCGCUAGGCUAUCGAACUGUAUGCAUGCCGCGCAGGGCAUAACGGCAUAAGGUAUUGCGCGAGAAUGUUUAGCCUCCGAAGAGCCGUCCUUUUCAAUUGCUUACGGAGUUUUUCAUCUGGUUCACCAAGAAAGAUGCCAAUCAAGGUUGGUGAUGCUGUGCCUAGUGUAGAAGUGUGUGAGAACACACCAGGUGAUAAAGUGAAUGUAGAAGAACUUUUCAAGGGAAAGACUGGAGUGUUGUUUGCCGUUCCGGGAGCGUUCACUCCAGGAUGUUCAAAGACUCAUCUGCCAGGCUACGUUGGUGACUUUGAUAAACUCAAAGCUAAAGGUGCAGAAGUCAUCGCCUGUGUGUCCGUCAAUGACCCCUUUGUAAUGGCUGCAUGGGGGGAAGCACAUAAAGCUGAAGGCAAGGUCAGAAUGCUAGCUGAUCUUCAUGGAGAGUUUACAAAGGCGGUUGAUAUGGUCCUCGAUGCUACUCCAUUCCUUGGAAACCAACGCUCAAAGAGAUAUUCCCUGGUAAUCAAGGAUGGUAAGGUGACGGCAGUCAAUGAAGAACCAGAUGGAACCGGUUUGACCUGCAGUCUGGCUGACACAGUGCUCAAUCAACUGUAAUGAAUGAAAUGAAAUAAAUGAAGUCUCUCUUUAUGAGUCAAUGAGAGUAUAUCAGUGUAAGCCAAAUGAAAAUGAAUUUAUUUCAUUCCUAUCACAUUGAGUAUUUUAUUUACCACCAUAGUGAGAAGACAAUCAUGUUCCUAGAUUUUAACUGAAAUUUGUCUAACAUAAUGAGUAUUUUAAUCCUGUAACGGAUCAUCCUUUAGAAGAAUUUUCUUUCUGGAAUUGCCAUGAAUGUAAUAAAAUGAUUUGAAAGGUAAUAUUCAGCGCAUAAGACACAAGUUUCCUACCCGGAGUACAAACUUGUUUUGAUUUCAAUAGUUAUAUUGCUAUUAUUUGCUCAUAUUUCAUUAUCAAUUCCAGAUUCAAUGGCUCUUAAAUGAGAUGUAGUCUGCCUAUAAACUCAUCCUUCAAACUUUGCAAUUCCAAACAGAAUCAAUAGCUUUCAUAAAUGAGGCAUUUCUAUACUUGUAAUUUUAUUAGUCAAAUAGCAAUUUUCUGACCAGAUUAUUUAAAACAUUUCUCUUAUUCACUUCUUAGAAGUCAAAUUUUGCAUUAGCUUUAUAUCUGGAAUAUAUUUUUAACCGCACAAAAGUGUUAUAGUAAGCUGCCAAAGGCCUAUACUAGUGAAAGAAGUUUAUAUGUACUAAGUUUGUAUUAAGUUGUGGAAUAGAAAAUAUUUUAUUUAAUGUAGUAUUAUAGAUAUGACCAAAGAAUGUCUAGAUCAUAUUUUCCUUGCCCCAUAUAUCCAUGGUAUAACAUACAAUACUGUGGAAUAUAAAAGCCUAUUUGUCAAUGCUGUCGGCAUAUGAUAGGGAAAGAUAAGGGUAUUUCUAUGUAAUGAUACAUUAACUUUCACAUUGUAGUAAAUGGAUAUUUCAUAAUUUUUCUGGUUUAUGCGAUACAUCAAUAAUUUUGUUUUUAUUUUAAUUUCCAACAAUCUACCCAGGUGGAAAUUUCAGUGCUCUUGAACUAGCAGAACAAGAAAAAAAUUAAACAAAAGUAAUGACAAUUUGCAGGAUUAAAAUAAAAUAAUGCAAUUUAUUCGAAAGGGGAUAGUGUAGUGGUUGAGUACAGAUGAAUGUCUAUUGAUAUAUCAGUAUUCUUUAUUUCAUUAUGCAGAGUAAAAUGUCUCCAUACCUAAUAUUUAUUCUGUAUGUGAAUAGUUGGAUGACAAAUGGUCUAUGAAAUAGGCUAUGAAUGAAUUGAUAAAAUAAUAAAAUCUUUAAAUAAUUCAUUGA